ACUGACAGGCAAGGCAGUGCAGCAUUCGCAUCGCUUCGCGGAUAGAAGCGCAUCUUUACACGGCGAGCAUCCACAGCAACAGUACCUGAACCGGGGGAAAGGCAGAACAACUGUCCGCCGCUGUAUAAAAAAAUCAGACCAAACAUGUCUGUGGGUGGUGACUUUGGGAACCCUUUGAGAAAAUUCAAACUGGUUUUUCUGGGGGAGCAAAGCGUUGGGAAAACAUCUCUGAUCACGAGGUUCAUGUACGACAGCUUCGACAACACAUACCAGGCAACCAUUGGAAUCGACUUCCUUUCAAAAACAAUGUACCUUGAAGACCGAACAGUGCGGCUGCAGCUGUGGGACACUGCAGGACAGGAGCGUUUCCGCAGCCUCAUCCCCAGCUACAUCCGCGACUCCACCGUGGCCGUGGUGGUGUAUGACAUCACAAAUGUGAAUUCCUUCCAGCAGACUUCUAAAUGGAUCGAUGAUGUCAGAACAGAAAGAGGAAGUGAUGUCAUCAUCAUGUUAGUGGGCAACAAAACAGACCUGGCAGAUAAAAGGCAAAUCACAAUUGAGGAGGGUGAGCAGAGAGCCAAAGAACUGAAUGUAAUGUUCAUCGAGACCAGUGCAAAGACAGGCUACAACGUCAAACAGCUGUUUCGGCGUGUGGCGGCUGCUCUCCCCGGGAUGGAGAGCAUGCAGGAGACGAGCAAAGAAGGCAUGAUUGACAUCAAGCUGGACAAACCGCAGGAGCCCCCGACCACUGAAGGAGGCUGUUCCUGUUAAUGCACAGGACCCCGACUGGGCGGGCAUCAUUUACACCACAUGCUUGUUGUGUUGCUUCCUAUUGGUUAGCUUCCAGUUGAGUUUUCAGAUUGGAUAUUUGGCCUUUUACAUCUGAUUGGUUGGAACUAGUGUUACUUCAAUCUUCAGUUGUAAAAUAUUGUACUUUACUAACGAAAUUGCCAAAAAAAAAGUCUUAAAAAUUCAAAAAGAAAAAAAAAAACAGAAAGAAAAAAAAUAUGGUAGAUGAAUUCCAAACGUGUGUAUACUUUUUUGAAAAACUAGAAAGGUACAGUUUUUUGUUUUGUAUUUUUGUAUACAUAAGGAAAAGCACUAAAAACAAUGCAGACAACCUAAGUAUUCAGCUUGUUCCAGAACCAGAGGGAUUGGACCCAGCCAGUCCUAUAGCUGUAAAGAAAAAAACACUAGCAUUCCUGACAAUAUACACAGCAUGCAUGCAAGCAGUUUUUCAGCAUUUAUUCUGUCUGCCGAUGUACACAAGUUGAUAAUGUUCAAGCUUAUUAACACCUGUGACUUUAUGCAUCACGUGGAAAGUUCUCUCGUCUGACAUUCCUGUAAAAAAAAAAAUGGAUUUGAAUACUUGAUUUAAGAAUUUGUUUUCAGUCGUUAGUAUGUGUAAAUGUUAUCUAUCUAUACAGGCAACUUUAGAUAGCAACUGGACCCUUUGAAAAAGCCAUGUCCUUUGAAGCAUUGCGUAUUGUUUUAUUUUUGCUGGUGUGAUUUCACAAGCUUUCCCAGACACUGAGACGCACUACACGGUACUGUAUAUAGUAUUUCUAUGGUCGUGAUCAUCCUUAGUUAGAUGCAGUGCUGAUUCACCGAUGAGGAAGACACACAGGGGGUUUUAAAGAACCUAAGGGCUUCACUUUGGCCUUGACUUUUCCCCACCGACAGCCGUGUGUUUCGUUACUGAGUUCUUCGUGUCGUCAGAUUUGUCCAUCGGAUACGAUACAGCUAGCAGGUGUCUCCAUGGCAACAAUCCCGGCAAUAGAUUACUUUAGUUUGCACUUUCAGGCCUUUACGAUUAAGGUGUCAAAGCUGGACAGUUUAAGCAUGGAGCCAGGCUGAGGUGAGGGUGGCUCCCACUGUCAGAUGUCCUGAGACCAAAAGCCAGCACGACAAAACCUGAAACAUCACUGAUGUACUUUGAUGCUUUUGGGAGACUAUCUGAGGAGACCAGGGAGUUGACUUGGAAAAAAAA